AUGAAGCCCGUCCUGUCCAACCAGAUUGUCCACUCUGUUGCAGUCUUUGGUGCCGCCCCGGAGACAGCGGCCGCCUCCAGCCCCCCUCCUGAGCCAAUGGUGGCAGAAUGCAUUCCUACAACCAGUUCCUCCCCGACGCUAUUGCUCAAACCCACCCCACCAUUGCCUCUCAGCAUAACCAUCCAGGAGGCAUCCAGCAUCCACACACACAAUUUGUUGGAGGAGCUCGGACUGAGCAGCGCGGACGCUGAGGCCAUCAACCGGCUCACCACCACCUUCGACGACGGCCAUGGCCACACCGCCUCUCUGAGGUCCCCCUCUCUCGACGAACAAGCGGCGGCUGCAAUCUUCGUUGCUUCCGCAAACCCCGCCGCCAGUCCCGCCUUUGUCCCUGAGCCCGUCUUGACAAUGCCUCCAGACAACAAUAGAAGCCUGGCCGGGGCCCAGCGCAAGUGUAACAAAGUGACCAUCAAGGACUUUGAGUUCAUGCGUGGGCAAGGUACUCGUGGUCCGCUACCUCAGGCCCACGGAGAACAGCUAACCAGGACUAUGCCAUAA